AUGCUCGUCAAGGAAGCGUAUACGCAGCUCCGGACGAAAGAGCAACUCGGUUACAUUGUGAGCUCUGAAGUUCACUCUAGAUGGGGAGUGCUGGGCAUCCGGAUUGUGAUCCAGUCGCUCAAACCCCCUCAUGAGCUCGAGCAGCGAAUCGAGUCGUUCCUGCAGAGCUUUCAUUCCUACCUGCAGGAGAUGGAGGAAGAAACGUUCAGAGAGCAUGUGGACUCGUUGAGGACCAAGAAGCUGGAGCCGGACAUCACGCUCGAGCAGCGAUCUUCGAGAUUGUUCCAUGAGAUCUGCAUGCGGGAGGAAUGCUGGGACAGGAGGAGACAGGAGGCAGCGCAUCUCAAGGACGUUACCAAGAAGGAAAUCGUGGAGCUCUUCAGGGAUCACUUGGCGCCAGGAGGAAAGAACCGGAGGAUGUUAAGCUCUCAAGUCGUGGGGCAAGACGCUAUCUCAAAACAAGCGCAUCCAGGCAUCGCAAGCAAGGAGCAUGUUACCAGGUACAAGUAG